GCGCGGGGGCCGGCGGGCGGCGCCGGAGCUCCGCGGGACAGCUGGGGAAACUCCAGGCCACCUACACAUUCUGGCCCAGGGUGGGAACGGGGCCACCCCAUCCUGCUCUGUGCCCCCUCCUCCCGGGAGUCCACCAUGGAGAGUAAGGAUGAGGCCAGCGACACUGACAGCGGCAUCAUCCUGCAGUCUGGCCCCGACAGCCCGGUGUCCCCGGUGAAGGAGCUGACGCAUGCUGUGCGCAAGCAGCAGAGGGCCCUGGAAGAGCGGCUGGAGGCCUGCCUGGAGGAGCUGCGGAGACUCUGCCUGAGGGAGGCGGAGCUGACGGGUGCCUUGCCGGAGGAGUACCCCCUCAGGCCAGGGGAGAAGGCCCCCAAGGUCCGCCGCAGGGUCGGCGCCGCCUACAGACUGGACGAGCGGGCCUUGCACCCGGAGGACCCCCUGGGCGGCCUGGAGCGCGAGCUGGCCCUGCAGCUGCAGAUCGCAGAGGCGGCCCGGAGGCUGUGCCGCGAGGAGAACAUCGGCCGGCAGGCCCGGCGCCAGCGGAAGCGAGCGGUGCUGCAGGAGGAGCUGCGGCUGCAGGAGCUGCAGCGCUGCCUGGGCGAGCGGCGGCGCAGCAGCGGGCCCCCUCCCGCCGCCCUGCCCCUGGGCCGAGAGCUCAGUGCCUCGGAUGACAGCUCCCUGUCGGAUGGCCUGCUCCUGGAGGAAGAGGAGUCCCAGGCAGCAAAGCCUCCCCCAGAGGGCCCAGCUCCGCCUCCUCGGCCUCUCCCGCCCCAGAGCCUUGAGGGGCUGCAGCCAGCAGGACCUGAGGCGGGGGGCCUGGAGCGGGCCCCCAUCCAGAACAGCCCCUGGAAGGAGACCAGCCUGGACCAGCCCUACGAGAAGCCCAGGAAGUCUUCUGAACCCAAUAGCGAGUCCAGCAGCCCGGCCACCACACCACAGGAGGGGCCCAGUGCCUCCAGCCUGUGGCUGCUGGAGCCUGCCUCCUACCACGUGGUUCCCAUCCGCGGUGUUCCUGGCCAGUGGCAGGGCCGCACCAGUGCCCCAGCCACCCCUGAGAUGCAGGGGAGGAGGGGGCAGUCGCAGUCUCUGAGGUAAGAGCCCCGCGGGGCCUGCAGGGAGGCGACGGCGCGGGGCCCCCGGCUGCUGCUGCACGCCGGCUUUGCGGCGCCCGAGUGGGGGCUGAGCCCCGCGGUGCUGGGCACCGCCCUGGAGGCCGAGGGCGCGGCGCUGCUGCUGCCCCGGCGGGCGCCCCCCGCCGGCCGCCUGGCACGGACGCCCUCCCUGAAGGACGGCCCGGGCGGCCGCGCGCUCAGCAGGGCCGCCGUCUCCGAGGAGCUCAAGUCCUGGCACGAGCGCGCCCGCCUCCGCAGCGCCCGCCCGCACUCGCUGGACCGCCACGGCGCCUUCCGCGUGCGGAGCCUGCCGCCCGGGAGGGAGAGCUGCGGCCGCGCCCUGGCUCCCCGCGCGCAGGUAGGCCCCCCGAGGCUCAGCAGGGCCCCAGCGGCCGGGGGCUGCAGGCCUGGCGGGUCCCCUCCGCCGUGGACGGCGCUGCUGAAUGCGGCCUGCCCUGCCAGCUCGGGAGCAGGGGGCCCGCACACCCGGUGGACACUGUCCUCCAAGGCAGCCGGUGCGGCCCCUCCUGGCUCCGCCGAUAAUCCACAAAGCGGAUGAGUCUCUAGCCGUAAUCCGAAAUCCAGUGUCCAAAUUAACCCGCCCCAUUUCCCGACUUGAGGGCCCAGGACGAAGGGAGAGCCUGGAAAUGUGGUUGCCUGCCCGCGAUUGCCUGUGCGCCCACUACCUCCGUCACCGAGGUUAAGUGUACAGACCCUAGGUUAGACUUCCCGUUCACACCUCAGCCCAGCUACUCACGAGCAGUCUGAUUGGGCAGGUUAAUUAACUCCUCUGAGGCUGUUACUCCCCCUGUAAAAUGGGGAUAGUAAGGUACCUAUCUUACUAUAUAGUAGGGCCAAUAAGAACUUAAAGUAAAAAAACUAGAGCAAUACGUCAAAGCACGAGG